AUGAUAUCCGCACUAUUCGCCUUGCAGCUUUGUGCCUCAGGACUUGGAUUUCUACUGGAGGGUAACCUUGGGCAUCCUGGACAGGGAACAGCUGUUUUCCCUCACGAUUGCCAAGAUAUCUUAUGGGCUGGGUAUUCUGAGAGCAAGGUGUACACUAUUUACCCCCAGGGAAGUGGAAGGCUUGAAGUGUUCUGUGAUCAACAUACAGAUGGCGGUGGAUGGACGGUUUUCCAGAGAAGAAAUGAUGGCACCAUUGAUUUCUUUCGCAAUUGGAUUGAUUACAAAUAUGGGUUUGGUAACAUAUCGGAUGAGUUUUGGCUAGGAAACCACCGAAUUUACGAAAUCGUGAAACAGGGAUUCUACGAACUUCGCAUUGAUAUGGGAGAUUUUAACAGCGUCAGAAAGUACGCCUUGUACAAACGAUUUUCAAUUGGUGACGAGCAUAGUAGUUAUGUUCUGACGGCAGAAGACUAUGACGGAAACGCAGGGGAUUCUCUCGCUGAGCACAGUGGUCAUCAGUUCUAUACAAAAGAACAUGAUACUAGUGGUAAUUGUGCUGCUACUUACAAGGGGGCGUGGUGGUAUACCGCUUGUCACUCAUCGAAUUUGAAUGGGCUGUACCUGAACGGUGUGCACUCUUCGUAUGCCGAUGGAAUCAACUGGGAAACCUGGCAUGGGUGUUAUUACUCAUUGAAGUUUACAGAAAUGAAAAUCAGAAGACUUUAGAAAUAAAUAUCACAUGUACAUUA